AUGUCUGACGCAUCGAUCCCCCAAGUCUAUCAAGACGUCGAGACCGGCGGGGUGACCCAAGUUUCCGAUACAGAGCCCCAGGAUGUGACUCGGGCCCCUGUCAACGUUUCUACCAAAGAAGGGAGAGGCUGGAUACUCACCUUGAUUAGAGUCCUCAGGCUUCAUAGCUUUGUCAUUUCGCUCUUUACCCUAUUCUUACUCCUCAGCAUUCGAUAUAUCCUCUAUCAUGCCCCAUUGCAGAACCAUUGGGGCUUUGGUGGUCCCAAGAGGGCAACAACUGUCCUCGCAGCUUGGAUGUUUGCUGCCGUACUUCUUACUUUCCUCGCCGCUGCCAUUACGGUUUUCAAGCGCAAGAUGUCUAUUUGGCCCCAUGUAGUCGCCAUUCUCAUUGACAUUGUCCUCGCUUCUGGAAUAAUUGCGUCUGCCGUCUUAUUUACGCACGAGUAUCCUAGCCCGUCUUGGUGCAACUCAUGGUUGCCAAACGGUCAAAAUAAGCCCCCACAUCAUGAGUGCUGGAACUGGAAGGAUCUUACAUGGCUUCUCAUGAAGAUGGCUUUCACGCUUUCUAUUAUCCUCAGCGUGAUAUUGGCUGCUUUGAUCGUAUGCCACAUCAUUGCUAUUUGCGAAGGACGUCGUAUGUCAGGGGUACAGCUUGCCUACGCACGAUCAAAGAGUGCUUUCAGCCACUUGGGGAGCUUUGUACCAUACACUGUUAAGAUCAACAUCUCGUUUGAGAGAAAGCCGGACGUACAAGUAGUUUCGGAAGCGCCCCUGGGACAGGGUCCUGUUCAUAUUUAA